AUGUGUGUAAGACAGGAGAAGCACCUACAACAGCAGCAACAGCAGCAGCAACGGCAGCUACUGCUGCUGCUGCUGCUGCUGGGGCCCCUCAAGGCAGUGCUUGGGGUCGUAUACAGAAGACAAACAGAUACAGCAGCGCGGGUACCGGCGGAUGUGUGUAAGACAGGAGAAGCACCUACAACAGCACACCCGCAGCAGCAGCAUAAUGCUGCUGCUGCUGCUGCUGCUGCUGCUGCAGCAGCAGCAGCAGAUACAGCAGCGCGGGUACCGGCGGAUGUGUGUAAGACAGGGGAAGCACCUACAACAGCAGCAGCAGCAACAGCAGCAGCAGCAACUGCUACUGCUGCUGCUGCUGCUGCUGGGGCCCCUCAAGGCAGUGCUUGGGGUCGUAUACAGAAGACAAAGACGGAGACAGGAAGAGCAGCAGCAGCAGCAGCAGCAACAGCAGCAGCAGCAGCUCCAGCAGCAGCAGCAGCAGCAGGUGUAAAAGGCUGGGGAGCUGCUGAUUUGGAUGACAUGAAUUUGCUUGAGGACUGUUCAACUACCCAGCAGCAGCAGCAGCAGCAGCAGCAGCAGCAGCAGCAGCAGCAGGUUUUGCUGCAGCAGGAGUUGCAGCAGCUACAACUGCAGCAGCAGCUGCUAGAGGAUUGUUUGUCUCUGCAGGUACCCUCUCCCUCUGCAGCAGCUCCAGCAGCAACAGCAGCAGCAGCUGCUGAUUUGGAUGACAUGAAUUUGCUUGAAGACUGUUCAACUACCCAGCAGCAGCAGCAGCAGCAGCAGCAGCAGGUGUUGCUGCAGCAGGAGCUGCAGCAGCUACAACUGCAGCAGCAGCUGCUAGAGGAUUGUUUGUCUCUGCAGGUACCCUCUCCCUCUCUGUGCCCUGCUAAGAGGGGGCCCCCCGGGGGCCCCCCCCCAAAUAUAUCUUCUAAGGUACUGAAGGUAAGCAGGGAGAGGCCCGCAGCAAGUGAUGCAGCAGCAGCAGCAGCAACAGCAGCAGCAGCAGCAGCAGCAGCAGCAGCGGGAACAGGUGGAGCUGCAGCAGCACUUGCUGCUGCAGCAGGAAAAGAUCCAGCAGAAGCAGCAGCACUGCUGCUUGAGGCGGAGAUGUCGCUUAUGCGCCGCAUCUCGGGUCUCCUCAGCAGCAGCAGCAGCAGCAGCAGCAGCAACAGCAGCAGCAGCAGCAGCAGCAGCAGCAAGCAACGUAGUAUACAGGAGAGAGAAACGCCAGCAGCAGGCAGCGGUUUGGGGUGUAUGUCCACUGUCUCAGCUCUUAUGCGCCGCAUCUCGGGUCUCCUCAGCAGCAGCAGCAGCAGCAGCAACAGCAGCAGCAGCAGCAGCAGCAGCAGCAGCAGCAAGCAGCGUAGUAUACAGGAGAGAGAAACGCCAGCAGCAGGCAGCGGUUUGGGGUGUAUGUCCACUGUCUCAGCUCGAGCGUUGCAAGACCCACUGCAGCAGCAGCAGCAGCAGCAACUGCAGCAGCAGCAGCAGCAGCAGCAGCAGCAGCAGCAGUUGCUGUUUGUGAACGGGGGAAGUAUGUAUGAUGGGGUGUCUGCGGAUACACCCGAGCGUGUCUCCUCUUCUCUUCUUUUCUCUUCUCCUACAACUACCACAUUUACAUCUCCUUCUCUUUCUGUCUCUGCUGCUGUUUCUUUAGGGGGUGCAGCAGCAGCAGCAAAGCACUCGGUUGCUGCUGCUGCUGCUGCUGCUGCUGCAGCAGAAGCAGCAGCAGAUGAGUUCUUCCAGCCCUCUACAGCAGCACCAGUAGCAGCAGCAGCUACUGCAGCAGCAACAGCAGCUGCUGCUCCUGCAGCAGCUGCAGCAGCUGCAGCAGCAGCAGCUACUGCAGCACCAGCAGCAGCUGCAGCAGCAGCAGCAGCAGUCUAUCAUACGUAG